CGAAGCGAUAGGCAAAGUAAAGGCCAGCUACAACCAGGGCCAAACCUCUCGCACAAAGUACAAACUGGGAUAGCAGUUCAACAAGGUGAUUGGUGCUAAACUCUUCAAACAUGAACUACUCUUCCCACAUCCCUUCCCACAUCUCUUCCCACAUCUCGUCCCACAUCUCUUCCCUGGGUGACCAGUUCAGGUCUGAGGAUUAUGUCGAGCCUCACUAUAAAGAAGGGUACCGCAUUGCUAUCGAUAAGUUGGUCGAUGAAGGUGUAUCUGCCUUUGAAGAUUUCCUAGUGAAGGAAAGGCUGGGCAAAUUCCUGGCCGAUGAAGAAGUUCAGUUCAUCAUUGACAAUGCUCAAAAGCUAUCUCCAGUGACCUCAAUCUACCAGUCGGAGGGGAUUAUUGACAACAGUUCCUCAGGCACCUACUGGCCUAUUGAGUCUGACACAGAUGCUCCGGAUCUAGACUUGGGAUGGCCUCAGGUUAUAAAAGGCUUGGAGAACCAAACUCAAAUCGAGCUACGCUUUCACCCACCUCGUGAUGACUGUCCCAGCAUAAAGGAGGUAGUGAGGAAAUUGAUUAAAAAUUCACUGAAGGUCAUUGCUAUUGCUAUGGACAUGUUCACUGAUGUGGACCUCUUCCGAGAUCUUCUGGAGGCUUCAAACAGAGGAAUUCCCGUCUACGUAGUGCUCGAUGAAUACAACUUCCAACACUUCGCCAACAUGUGUGAGAAGCAAGGACUUCAGCCUCAGAGGAUCAGGAACAUGAGAUUCCGCACUGUCCGAGGAUUAGAUUAUCUCACCAGAUCAGGAAGCAAGUUCCAUGGAAAGAUGACAGACAAGUUUAUGUUGGUUGACUGCAAAACAGUGGUUUAUGGAACAUACAGCUUCAUGUGGUCCUUUGAAAAGAUCAACCUCAGCAUGGUACAAGUGAUCACAGGACAACUGGUGGAAUCCUUCGAUGAAGAAUUCCGGAUGCUCUAUGCUCGGUCGGAAAUCCCCAGCAUUUACGCGGCAGAAGAACCUCUCUUGACAAGAGAUAGCAAAUGGCACAAUGGGGUAGAUAUAGGACUAAAACAGAACUCAGUGGCUUCCUACACCAACCACUACCAGUCGUUCAGCAGGACGGAUGCACUGAGGCACACGAUAGACGCCAUGUACCUCAAGGUUCACGGACGGCAAACUUCUUAUCUGAAUGAGAAAGGAAAUAUUGAUAGCGGUUUGAAUUCACGCAAUUUGAAAUACAGACCUCCGAUCACUAAUGAAUUGGAGCCAACAAACAGAAUCAACAAAUUGUUAUCUUACGAUAAAGGCAAUUUUUGUAAGAGACACAGCUAUGCUGGGGAACAGCCGGAAACCUCUAUGUAUCUUAUGCAAAACAGAGCAAAGCACACCAGGUCCAUUUUUCAAAGAAGCAGUUGGAAUUUACAAGAAGAAAACGACAGUGUUCCUUCUUCCAUCAGAACUAACUAUAUCCCGAGCACCAACAGAGUCACAAAUGCAAUCGACCGCCUGAACAAAGCCAGAAUGGCGUCCAACUUUGAAAGGAGCGCUAAUAUUCGGAACACCUAUCAUGGGCCAAGGAGCCACCUCCAGCCAACCACGCUAAAUCCCCCCACCUUGGAGCAAAUGAAAAAGACGGGCUAUCGGAGCUGGAGAAUUGAUACGUAUUUGAAAGAUAAUGUUGGACCUCCAGUCAGUUCCAUUGUGGAUUCGGUCGAGUUCCCUGCUACAUAUCAAAAGGAUAUGACAAGUGACAAGUAUGAAAACUCGGCUCAAUCUGACCACAGAGCCAACUCCCCUCUUUCUCGUCAGCAAUCUUUCCUUCUAUGCAGGAUGCCCACAAUACAACAGGCUGAUUCCAGUAACUGCAAUUCUCAAACCGGGUCUUCGACUGUUCGACUGUCCCCAGGCUCCAUAAGCCCAAAGGAGGUUUCAACCCACAGGAUUCUAAAUCCUAACAAGUCGCCAAAUGAUUUCAGGAUUCAGAGUAAGAGUAAAGAAGACGAUAUUCAGAACCUUGGAACGUGUCUGACCAAACAAAAGUCAUUGAUAGAUUCCAGGAGGACAGAGUCAGGAGUACAAACUCUACCCAGGCCAAAGUUGGAGAUCUCUUCAACCAGGACUCUGUCAUUCCAUUCUCUAGCAGACUCGGACUCCAAGAAUUCUCCACAAUUCUGGCAAGCAGACAAGCAGAGUACAGGCCUCGAGCGCAAUUCAAAUUUCCUUCGCAAGAGCUCCGAGAAAAUCAAAUCUUUGCUGAACAUCUCACUGGACAAGAGAGACUCUGCGUCCAGAGGAAAACCUUCCCCCACGCCAUCCUUUACAACAAGCAGCACUGAUACCUUGACUUCAGAGGAUGGUCGUCGGGAAAGGAGGAAAGCAAGAAGGCACACAUGGAAUGAGAAAAAGGAUAAGCAGGAGUCAAAUACAGCUUCAAACUCUACAAAUACUCCAAAGUUCACUCGAGCCAAUGAACAAAAGCAGUCAGGUCAAAGUCCUCGUCCACUUCAGAAAAAUAGACCAAGUGCUGGGGACACCUCGGAACCGAGAUUUGCCACUGAAGAGCCUGAGUAUAGUUUCCACAGAGAUGGGAGAAAGAGCUGCAACCCCUCUGUGACGUCAUCUUCCUCUUUCAGAAUCAAAGAUGCGCUGCAGAAGAGCCAAAGAGCUCCAGAGCCAGAGACAACGCAGAAGAUGGUCACCCAACCAACCGAGCCCCAACUUCACAAUAAAAAGAUUUUCAGCCGCUUCGAGCAAUUUUGCACUCCGGGCAACGAGAAUCCAAAUCAGCUGCCAAGGGUUCGAAUCCCAGAACAAAACGUGCCACUAAAAAACAUCAACAGCAUCAGUUUUAAGAGCAAUACGCCAAACAGUAACUCACUCCGCUUCCAGACAUACAACAACGCUCAGAGAAUCCCAGGGAUUUCACAGAACGAAAACAAGUUCGAGAAAUUAAUGCAGAGGUUCAUGGGAAACUUCAAGGGUAAAAAAUAAGGGAACGCCUGUUAGACCUACCAAAUGGCAAGAAUGGUGUACCAAUAUAGCAAUCGAUUUCUCCAGUUUAAAUGAUUCGAUUUUGUAUAAAAAAAGGUUUUCAGGUUGGCAUCUUUGGUUUUAUAAACUUUGGGGAUGAUUUUUCUCUUGCCGGCAACAUUUAUGCCGCAAGGAAAUGUUUCCUGUCACAGCCACACACGCACCACACACGCACACUCACACUCGCACUCACAAUAGGAUUUCCAAUAUAAGCGCACACCUUCAAGAUCAGUAAAUGUACUGAUGAACUGGGAAUGAUGUAUCUUUGUUUUUAACAGAAGAUUACAAUAUUCAUCGCACUUUAUACACUAGCACUGAGUUGGUGCAUGAGUUGGUUGAAUGUGCUAGGAAUUCUUAUUGUUAACCUUUUGGACAAGUGUAAAAAGGACCGCACUAUACAUGGGAUAUAGGACAUAGGUAGUUCGGGACAUAUUUGCAUGCGACCGCCAGGAAGGUGGAAAGUGAACUAGAUGGACCUUGGUCUUUUUUCAUCCAGCAUUUCUUAUGUACAUAUGUUAAAGACAUGUUAAAUACAUAUUAAAAACAACACAGAGAA